AUGUCGCUAAACCCCAAUGCAAUACCUUGGAACAUGCCGGACCCCGGCAUGGACCCCGGCAUGGACACGAACGCGAGGAUGGGGCCGCAGGACCCCCGCCUCCACGGAUACCCGUCCUACUACCAUAACCAGCACGCGCACCAAAUGCCACCGGUGAUGAUGCAGCAACAGAUGCCUCGGCACAUAAUGGGAGCCCCAUUUUCGAACCAUAACCACAUGUCACCCAUGGCGCAUAAUGAGCCUCUGCAGUCCUAUAAUAAUCCACGCAUGCGGCCACAGCAUUAUAACGCCAAUGUGAUGCAUCCAAUGCAAACCGUUUCAGCCCCUUCCUAUAAAAAGUCAAGACCUGUUGUUGUUGUUGUAUUUGGUUACCGGCGCGUAGGCAAAACAAGUGUGGCAAAGCGAAUAUCAGAGGUUCGCAACUACAGAUACAUUUCGCUCAAAUACAGGGAGGAGGGCACUGCUGUUUCCCCGACGGACUAUGUUGCGCCUCUGGCAGAUCUGCUCGCGCGCAAAAACACGUUUGAGGGGAUUGUUAUUGACGAUAUUGUGGUGCGAAACAAGUUUGAACCCUACUACGUCCAUUCUCUUCUGCAGAAGCAUGGGCUAAAGUUUGAUGUGGUGGUCGUUCUCGACAACGAUUUGGACAACACAAAGCUGCGAGGCGUUGACUAUGACGACCCACUGCAGCGACAACUUCACCCCGAGAGCUACGAGUUCUGUGCGAGUUAUCUGCAGGGUGAGCCGACGCUGGUGGUGGAGUGCAGAGAAAAAGCGUUGGAUGAGGUAGUUGCCGAUGCUCUGAGGCAGUUGGGAGACGUGAACUACGCCAAGGACUCAACCAUCUCCCUGAAGCAGGUGGAACUUAUGCCCAAUUGUCCCAUGGAAGUUAAUCCCACGCUGGUCGCAGCUAUUCUCGAGGCGCAAACUCAGCAGUUAAAUUUGGGUGAAACCGCCUCGUUUCCGUUUUCUGAGCCAAACUUUUUGUUAGAGUACGCCGUUUUUGCGCGUCAUGCCUACGCCCUUCGCAGCUACCUGAUUACGCCUUGGAUGCAAGGCGAUAAAGUCUCCUUGAUUGGGUACCAGGGCACGGUCUACAUUCACCUUCCCACCUAUAACAUUGUUUUCCGCUUUGUCGACGCGCCGUCGACGCUAGCGCAGAUGGCUAAGGGAACUGUGGAUAGCAAUGAGGUCGGGUUUAUUUUUGAGGCCACGUUUGCACGCGACAAAUUGUACAUCUCCGACCUCCUUAUGAUGGGCGACCAGAAGGGCUCUGAUAUGCUUGUAAGUGAGCGUGUGGAGCUGUUAAGGCAAAAGCUAACGGACAUGGAUAGCCGCACAGUGGAGCUGCUUCCCUGGUAUCCUGUACAGUCCAUGGAGGCGUGUGAGUCGGAGAAUCCAGAGGCCGGUGGUGUCCUCUUCGUCAAUCCAGAUGGUGUGUUGCUUGGCGGGUAUGACAGUCGGAAUUUCCUCUACCCCCUGCAACGGAAGAAGUCGGUUGAGCUUCGCAUCUGGAAUGGCAACUUUGUUGGUGACUCGUGGACCUUUGACGCCUUCUGCGAGGAAGUGGGGAGUGAGAACCUUGUCGAGGGUGUUCCUGUGCAGGUGUCCGACACAGAGGUCACGAAUCACUGCAUCAACGACGGGAACAUCUUGGAGUGCGUUCGCCAAGACUACCAUGCGGGGCCCAACAAGACACGAAGAGGGGCCAAGCGCUUUGUCUUCCAGGGGCGCUGCCAAUGGAAGAUCCGACCCACCACCAUGUACAAGCAGGAGGUAUUUGUGAGCGAUGCCAAGUGGCCCUUUGAGCGCAUGUCUCAGGCCUGCGCGUCGAUAAAGCACGUUCCUGCCACACGGCCAGAGGAACCCACAACCGCAGACGGAUAG